AGCGCGCUUCGCUUGUCUUGAGGUGAAAAUGAAUUUAAUAAACGGUGACACUGCGUGUUUUUAAACGGUGCUGCAGCGAGGAGAGUGAACAAGUUCGUAUGUUCCCAGAUGAUAUUUCAACUAAAACUUGGCUAAAAUUGCCCGCUUUGGGGUGUAAAACCUCAAUUGUAAUACGAGUGGCAGUUCGCGGAGAGGGCCGGCGCAGAGAAUGAGCGCCUUGCCUCGGCCUACUCGAGGAGCCGCUGCUGGGAUUGUGCACAUCUGCGCAUUAACACUUGCUUUUUGCCUCAUAAUCACGCGUCCGCUGUUGGUUUCACAGUGACCGACCAGCACAUGGGGCGAGCCAUGACAACAUGAGUCAGUCAUACAGACCGGCUUUCCGCUCAGCGUUUGGCUCCAGCAGCCAGCCGGAGCCGAGGCCCCGCAAUGGCUUCUUGGACGCCUCCUAUAGAAGCCAGUGCGGCAUGGCGAAGCGCGGGUCGGAGCAGCCGUCAGCGUCCAACUGUUACGGCCCGCUGCAUGACUUCAGCGCUGUGGUCAAGAAGGUUGACCUCCAUGCGAGGAACCGCCUGCACCCUUCAAGCCCAGUCGGGAACGAUGAGGAGUUUGAGCCACCGUCUGUCCUUUUGCCUCCCUCGCCGUGCAACACUUCAUUUGAAUCUCUGCCGCCCUUCAACAGGAAUGGCUUCCCUCCUCACAGUCCGGACAGCCAAGACUGUUGUUCUCCCAUCUCAAACGGCUACCUGCAUUUUGGCACUUCAUUGUUUGACAGCAGUGACACAAAGCAGCAACACCACGAUCAUGUUGUGUACAAACGUAACGAGGCCUUCAACCCUUAUCACCAGACUUGGGAGCACGCUGUUACCGGCUCUCCAGCCUCAAACAUUUCAGGCUCAGACCAGAGGACAUACAAACCUACUGUUUUUAACCUGAUGUCUAAAACGAUCUCGGAACUCAACCCCAUGCUGAGCCCCAGCGCACUGCCAGACAUCACCAUGAGGGACGGGUGGAGCGUGGACGAGGAACUGGAAAGUGAUGGGGAACUUGCCGCUACUGAGCCUAGGCUAAUUUCACCAUCCGGCGGCAACUCUGAUUCCAAGAGUCCAAAAGCAAGGCCUCCUCCAUCAGUGCAACAUGUGGAAGGCGAGUUGGUGUGGGCAAAGUUCAACAGGCGGCCCUGGUGGCCCUGCCGAGUUCUUUGCGACCCUCAGUUGGGCCUCCACACCAAGAUGAAACUGCCCAGUCCGCGCCCCUGUCGCUUGUACUUCCUGAAGACGAUUGGCGAGAUGGUCGAGUGCGCCUGGGUCCCGGGGAACGCCAUUUUUCCUUUCAAAGGCGGCUAUCAGUUUGAUGACCUGCCCAUGCUCAGACCUAGAGGGAAGCAGAAGGAGAAAGAUUACAAGUACACGGUACCCAAAAGUUUGCAGUCUGCAUGGGCGGUCAGUGUAAGGGAAGCUGAGCAUAUGCUCUCUGCGCGACAACAGAAUGCCAAGUGUUUGCCCGCAGUGUCUCUCAACGGAGAGGAAUCCGUACAACACGUCCCCAAUCAGGAGACCCCCUCUUUUUACGAAGAUGCUCGUCAACUCGCAUCGCCUGAUACCGGUAGGAUCGAGGAACACGUAAUCAAAAACCCAGCAGGAUCUCUGUCCAAUCACAGCAAAACUUACAAAAAGAAAAAGAAAUGUCUGUCAGACAUAUUUGGGCACAUUAUCAGUGGUUCGGCGGGAUCAUCGGUCACCACUGACACACCGGACCUUCGUGCAACGAGCCAGGCACUGAAAAAAGAACCAGAAGACUCACUAUAUGUGGAUCUGCGAACACUUCCUAUAUUACAUUGUUCCGAACAGUUAACAAUGUCUCCAGUACGUGAACGAGAAAAGCCCUUCACACAAAUAAAAACAGUAUUCACGGAAACAGUCCAGCAUUCUGCUGAUUCACAUCAUUCUGCCAGCCCCUUUUUGGACUGUACCAAUCGGAGAUUAAGGGACGAUGAGGAAAGUUCUCACAGUCCGAUGGCCGCAAGCCAAAUCUCGGCCCACUCUGAUGAUUGUCGUCCGGAUGAAUCAAGUGAUAAUGUUCCUUUAAAAACUGAAACGUCUCCUUGUUGGGAAUCUAUCACCGAUGCGUCAUCCUGUGUAGAUCACAGCACUCCGAAGAAGCGUGCGAGGAAGCCUGCCAAGAAAACAAACAGUGUUGGCACCUUCAUAAAUUCUCCUCGUGUGGACCAAAGGGACUCCUUUGCGGAUCCUGUUCAAAUCAAGACGGAGAAUGUUAGCCUUGUUAGCUCAUCAUCUUCCUCCCACUGCCCCUCUUCAUCACUGUGUCCCAUGGAUGCUUUCCUGGAUGUGAAGGAAGUCACGUUUAAGUCCCUUGUUGGCGAGAAUAGCGACUCCCAGGUGGCCACGUUUCGGCCUGAUUCUAAUUAUAAAUUCAGUACCUUCCUCAUGCUCCUCAAAGACAUUCAUGACACGAGAGCCAAGGAGGGGAAGCCUCUGCUUAUCCCACCGUCACCCGUGCUGAUCAAGGAGGAGCCCUUAGUCAUUCCUUCUUCAUCCUUUGGCGAUCCAUUGAGGGGGUCUCAAGGAAUUCAAACAGAGGUUGAACCAUCGAGAACGUUCUCAAGAGUGAAAACCAAGUGGAGGACUAAAGCUAUCAUGUCAGCAGACACCGACCACUGUUUGAUUGAGCACUCUGACAAACAACGGCGAAAACAGCGACUUCCAGCCAAACUGAAACCUUCCUUACCUGGCCUUUCCUCCAACAUGGCCGAUUUGGCUUUCGGCAGGGAAUUUGUCACUGGUCACGGAGAUUUAGCCCAAUCUGAUCAUCCCAUUCUUUUUGAACCUGCUGCCACCUACCUCGACAAGCGUUCUGAAUCUCCCAUUGCCCCAAAGAAGCGCUGGCAAAUGGUCGAGGAGAGCGAGACCAACGGCUCUUACCCAAUGAGAGCAUCUCCAGAUGACAGCUUGUCAGACAAUAACUCGUUCUCCGAGGAAAGCAGUGCAGCCCGUCAUUCAGAAAGCAAACGUCUCCGGAAACCAACUAAAAGACUCCUGGAGUCUAUCGAGGAAUAUCAACAAAUAUUCGCCCCAAAAAGGAAAUACACGAAACACAUUUUAGACUCAGCCGAUACGACUCUUAGUGAUACCAGUGAAACUGUGUCGCCGGUCCUGGAUCUCAGCAUACCAUCGGAAACACUUGGCACACCGUCGGUCUCCAUAGCGCCCCCUACGGCUCUGGUUUCAGAGGCACAUAGUCACUCUCAGGAUCUAUCCCCCUGUGAACUGCCCCCCACCUCCCCAGCACCAACUCAGCCCCCUCAAGGCAUGGCCACAGAAGAUGAUGAUCUCCCUCUAAAAUCUGAUCCCACAGCGGAAAGAAAAAGGCCUCGGAAGCUGUCACAUAAGGUUUUGGAUGGUAACAUUGAAGAAUUGUCGGCCCUUCCAAAGAAAGAGGAGCCAAAAUAUCCUCCAAACGUUAUCCCUGAAGUAAAAGUGUUGGUUAAGCAAACUGCGAUACCUCAGAAGCUCAAACAUAAGGAACAUACGCUCACACCAGUAAAGAAAGAGAAAUCUAAUCCCAGCACAUCUUCCGUCCCUGUUGCGACCACUCCCCCCUUUGAGGCUGAGGAUGUGGAGUUUGUCACUCCGACCAAGUCCCCUGAGCAAAAGGCCAUGUUGAUGCCCUGCAGCAUGGAAGAGAAACAAAACACAGAUGCUGACACUCCAAAAUCUGAGGUGCUUGAUGCCAAUUUGUUGGACAGCCCAUCUUCCCAAAUGGAUGUUAAAGUGAAAAUAGGUGGUACUUCCUUUAAGGAGAACAUCUGCCAGAUUUGUGAGAGAACAGGAGACGUCCUGGUUUGUGACAGCCACUGUUAUGGAGCCUUUCACCCUCAGUGUAUUGGUUUGUCCGCGCCACCCAAAGGGAAAUUUCACUGCCAGCAAUGCACCUCCGGCAUUCAUACGUGCUUUGUGUGUAAGAAGUCUGGCAAUGGCGUGAAGCGAUGCAUAAUCCCACUGUGUGGAAAAUUCUAUCACACCGACUGCAUCAUGGCCUUCUCGGCCACGCAGCGACAUAACAAAAGCUUCCGCUGCCCCUUACACGUUUGUCUUUCGUGCCACAUCGCCGAUCCUCUCAAUGCUUGCAGCUCCAAAGGACGUUUGGCUCGCUGUGUGCGCUGCCCCGUGGCUUACCACGCUAAUGACAACUGCAUGGCAGCCGGCAGCGUGGUGCUGGCCAACAACGGCUUUCUCUGUCCAAAUCACUUCACUCCUCGAAAAGGCUGCAAGAACCACGAGCACAUCAAUGUUAGCUGGUGCUUUGUGUGCUCGGAAGGAGGCAGCCUGCUUUGCUGUGAAGCCUGUCCUGCUGCUUUUCAUCAGGAAUGUCUCAAUAUGGAGAUGCCUCAAGGCAGCUGGUUCUGCAAUGAUUGCAAGGCCGGAAAGAGGCCACGGAUCAAGGACAUACUCUGGGUCAAAUGGGGCCGCUUCAGGUGGUGGCCUGCCGAAGUGUGCCUGGCCAAAGAUGUCCCAAAUAAUAUCUUGAGGAUGAAACACGAGGUCGGGGAGUUCCCGGUGCAGUUUUUUGGCUCCAAGGAUUUUGUAUGGACCUAUCAAGCCCGCGUGUUCCCUUACAUGGAGGGUGACACCCACAACAUUGAGAAAAUGGGCAAGGGGGCAGACGCCGUGUACAAAAAGGCCCUGAUUGAAGCAGCAGAGCGAUUCAAAGAACUUCAGGCUGAAAAGGAAAUGAGGCAGCUGCAGGAGGACAGAAAGAUUCAUAAGAAACCUCCGCCAUACAAACAUAUUAAGGUCAACAAGCCAAUUGGGAAGGUGCAGAUCAUCACGGCUGACCUAUCGGAGAUCCCCCGCUGCAACUGCAAGGCGUCGGACGAGAACCCGUGCGGCGUGGAUUCCGAGUGCAUUAACCGUAUGCUGUUGUACGAGUGCCAUCCUCAAGUUUGCGCUGCAGGCGAGCGAUGUCAGAACCAGUCCUUCACAAAACGCCAGUACACCAUUGUUGAGAUAUUUAGGACACUGUCGCGUGGCUGGGGUUUGCGCAGCGUGUCUGACAUUAAGAAGGGAGCUUUUGUGAGUGAAUAUGUGGGGGAGGUGAUAGAUGAAGAAGAAUGUCGGGCCCGAAUCAAAUAUGCUCAGGAAAAAGGCAUCUUUAACUUCUACAUGCUGACACUAGACAAGGACCGAAUCAUCGACGCAGGACCCAAAGGGAACCAGGCUCGCUUUAUGAAUCACAGCUGCCAGCCAAAUUGUGAAACUCAGAAAUGGACUGUGAAUGGCGAUACCCGCGUGGGACUUUUUGCUCUGCAAGACAUCCCAAAAGGUGUGGAGCUGACUUUUAACUACAACCUCGAGUGUCUUGGCAAUGGCAAAACCGCCUGUAAAUGCGGAGCACCCAACUGCAGCGGCUUCCUUGGCGUUCGACCCAAGAACCAGCCACCAGCUGAAAAAAUUAAGGAAGGGAAGAGGCGAGGGGGCAUGAAGAAGAAGACCAAGCAAGAGGUGACCAAAGAGAGGGAGGAUGAAUGUUUCAGCUGUGGUGACGGGGGCCAGAUCGUGUCUUGUAAGAAGCCCGGUUGCCCGAAGGUCUACCACGCUGAUUGCCUCAACCUGUCCAAAAGACCUGCAGGGCGAUGGGAGUGUCCUUGGCACCAGUGUGACAUCUGCGGUAUAGAGGCAGCUUCUUUUUGUGAGAUGUGCCCCAGCUCAUUCUGCAAAGCACAUCUCGAUGGCAUGCUCUUCAUUUCCAAGCUGGACGGCAAGCUGUCUUGCAGUGACCACGACCCCUGUGGGCCCGACCCUCUGGAACCAGGCGAGAUCCGCGAAUACGUGCCCAACGCGGCUGCCUUGAAUCCUUUUGCUGGGCCACCUGCUUCCUGUGAAGCUUCGGGAUCUGAAGAUUCUUCCCCCGCCACCUGGCACGGCGGUCGGGCUGGCCCGGCCACUCUCAAGCCUCCUCCUCCUCGUCUGUACAUAAACACAAAGACGUCUACCUCAAGCUUCAUCCCCUCGAGCGGGUCUUGCCUCACAGACGAGCUUGAAGAAAAAGCAUUCUCCAGCCCGACGUCCUCCAAGGGUCAAAGCGAUGAUGGUGAAAUUGAGGAAGGAGAGGUGUGUGGUGUCGAGGUAGACCUGGACGACGACAAUGAUGACGAUGUAGACGACGAUGAUGAUGACGACGACGAUGAUCUCGAGGAGGAGGAAGAGGAGGAGGAUGAAGAAGCAGAUGAUGACAUGGGAGCGAUAGAGUUGGUGGAAGAUGAACCACUGUAUGGAGGAGGCACCCUUGAGGAGGAGGAGGAGGAGCCAAACUUUUAUGGCAGUUGGGGUGAUUACGUUGAAGAAGAUGCUGACGAUGAAGACGUCGAGGACGAUGACUAGGGAAGAAGGGAAGACCACGAAUGACAAGUGACCCUUAAAGUCACCUACUGUAAUCAACUGCAACAUUCCCUUCUCCCUGGUACAAUAUUGCCUUGUUAUCCCUGACAGCUACACUGACAGAUGGGAUGCGUUUUGGUGCUAAGACCCAACGGGCACGCUCACUCAGUUUCUUUUACUUCUGUUGAUAUUUGUUUGUUUAUGUCUGGUGCAUUUGGCUCCAGUUGUGCACUCUAUUAUACAUUGUUUACAUCGGACUUUUUUAAGGACAUAUUUUUUGAAAAUAAAAAAAACAAGAUUUUUUUAUUUUAUUUUAAUUUGACAAAACUGUAAUCACAAGGGCACUGUCUUUGACAAUGUCUUAGUGAAAAAAAGAAAAAAAAACAAGAGUGGUCAUUGGAAUGCUCUUGCGCCAUUGUUUCCAUGUUAUGUUUUGACCCAAAUGCAAAAAUAAACACACUGUAGUCACUGAA